GAAACUAUGGGAAAAGGAUUCUAAUAAGAUCCACAUCAGCCUUUCAGUGGCUCUGAUCCUCCUCAACCUUCACUUCCUCCCCAGUGAGGCCGUGGCAGCAUCGUCCAUCGAUGGGUUAUGUCUUUACAUGGCUAUUGGUCUUCACUACUCCCUGUUGGCCACUUUCAGCUGGAUGGCCUUGGAGGGUUUGCAUCUCUACCUUCUGUUGGUCAAAGUCUUGAACAUCUACGUCAGGAGAUACCUGCUCAAACUCAGCUUGGUGGGAUGGGGUCUUCCUGCAGUCAUUGUGUCAGUGGUCKUGAUUGUAGACAUAAACUUUUAUGGCCAUGCCCCAGUGGAUGUGYUGAACUCCAAUGGCUCUGCAAUUUGCUAUCUAACUAAUGGCACAGUGAAGUUGGGGAGCACGAUGGGAGUGUUUGUCUUGGUGUUCCUCUUCAAUGUGAUCAUGUUUGGAAUUACAAUCAAAUGGUUUGUAAAAGCCAGAUCCAGCAAAGAGAUUGGAAAGAGUGCUCGUAAUUCAGCCAGGAAGGAAAUCUGUACCCUGCUGUUAGUGAUGGUUCAGCUUGGCAUCACCUGGGGUCUKAUCUUCUUCUCAUUUGGCCCACUGUCCACUCCUGGCCAAUACGCCUUCUGUAUUAUCAACUCACUGCAAGGCCUCAGACAGUCAGGAUCAGGAACAGGACCUCGUCCACGACCAUUACAAACACUGGAACCCCACAGGGGUGCGUCUUUUAGCCCGAUCCUCUACACUCUGUUCACCCAUGACUGCGCUGCCUCCCACGAAAACAACAUCAUCCUGAAGUUCGCUGAUGACACGGCAGUGAAAGGACGCAUCACUGGGGAUGAUUAA